AUGGAGCGGCGGCGUCGGAUCGAGGUGGAUCGUGAGCUUUUCGGGGGCUCACUUCUCGACGACGUUCGCUGCUACGGCUGCUCUGGCGGGCACCUACCGGGCCCCGUAGACGCGAAGAGUGGGUGUGGGCUGACACGGCGGCCGUUCCACACUCUGCUCAUCGUGACCGCGGGGGAAUCCGAGCUGUGGCAGACGAGGGUGAUGGCCCACCACUGGCGUCUACAGGCGUCACAGGACCCCUGCGCCGAGAUGGGAAACCUGAGCAGGUUGCUCAUACUCGGCCAGGAGCGCUUCCGGUUCAACCCACGAGAGGUGAGCACUGUGACGGCCAAGUCAACUAGCCCGGAGCGCAGCCGUCCCGACGCCAUCGUGCAGUACAUCAAAGGCGGACACCUCGACCAGAUGCGCGAGGAUUAUGUCUUGAUCGCCGAGCCCGACCAGGUCUUCUUGCGACCGCUGCCCAACUUGGCGAGCGAGACGGUGCCGGCUGCCUUUCGCGUGAGCUUUAUGAAGCAGAAGCCGGACCUCGUCGACAGGGUCGCGCCUGGCCUCGGCCUCGGAAGGAAGACACAGCCUGUUGGCCCGUCGCCGCUGCUGAUCCACAAAGAGCAAUUGCGGCAGCUCGCGCCGCUCUGGCUCAAAUUUACGGACCAGUUCGCGCAGGAGCCGUCCCUGGCGAGAGCCGUCCAGGGCUGGAGGCGCGAGUACUGGGGCUACGCAAUUGCCGCCGCCCAGCUAGGCAUCAGCCACCUCAUCCUGGAUGCCUUCCAUCCCGAGGGGCCGCUCCUCGUGGACGACUUGAUGGGGUUGAGGGGCUCCUCAUUCGCUCCGCGGAUGCCGUACUACAUGCUCCACUUUGACCAGCCGCUCGACUACUCCAGGGAGGGGCUGUCGAUGGGCCGCGACGGUGAGUGGUCCUUCGACAAGAGGCACUACCGCAAAAGCUUCCCACCGCGCCAGCUGUGGCCGCCGCCUCGUUGCGCGCCGGGUCACGCCCACCUCCUCACUAGCCUGAUCAACAACGCGAGCGCAAAGCUCCGCUCGAAGCAGUGGAGCAACGCCACGGACAAUGGCUCGCUCUGGCGGCAGCACUCGUGGCAGUCUCUGCGCGCGCCAGCUGUCGACGCUGCCGCCAUGGCCGUGGCCGAAGCUGACGAGGCUCCGUCGUGGGCGCCAAAGCUCGAGCUGUUUGGCGCCUGGAGAGACGCCUCGAUCGGGAGGAUCAUUGGGACCGGCCCAUGGCGUAUCCGAGGCAACCGAUCAGCCUCGAGCGAUCGCCCUAUCGUCCUCGAGCAAGUCUACUUCUUGUCGCACGGGUACCUCGCCACCUCAAGGGGCCAAGGGCGCUGGGCGGUGUCGAGCAGGGGCGGGGCCAUCGACGUGGAGGUCUGCGGAGUUACCUUGCGGCUCAAACCGCGCCUGGACGUGAGCCCGUGGGAGCUACGGGAAGGGGUGCUGCCUGCCUGCGGGUGUGUCGGAGUCACCGCGCGUCUCGAUGCUACGAUCGAGGGCGAGGUGCACUAUCGCUGGUCGCUGCCCGUUACCCCGCCUUCCGACGAGCUGUCGCGGAGGCUCGAGGGGACUGGCCCGUACAUCGGGCCAGCGGGGGAGGUGUACCUACUGCGCGGAGGCGCACUGCAGGCCACGGGCGAUGAGCUGGGCGCCUACCGUCGCUGGCGCCUGGUGCCGCCCGCGUGCUGUCGCUCCGACGCAAAGGCGCGGCUGGUGUUGUCCAAGGGGAGAGCAGAGGAGGCAUCGAAGGAGGUGGCGACGGGAGCGGCGAAGGCGGAGCAGGACGAGAGCGACACGAGCAGAGAUCCGUCCGCACAGCUCUGCGGCAAGGCACGCGUGUGCGCAAUCUUGACCGAGUGUUUCACCAUCCGCCUGCCGACCGCGAGCCAGGCGGACGAGGAGGGCGAUCCGAAGCCGCCAGUGUAUCUUCCCGGUGAGGCCGAGGCGCGCUCGCUCGAGCUGGCUGUCCGGGCGCCAGCCUCGAAAUGCGAAAGUUUGAAUCAAAGAUAA